AUGACAUCCGGCAAUUCAAAGAAGAUGUGUCAGUUCGAUGGCGUGCCACCUUACUAUCUUCCAAAGUGGAGGUACCUGUCACUGGACAACAAGCUGCCCGUGCGGAAAAGCGUUCUUGACGGAGUGCUUAAUUUGUAUCUCGGAGAUGGAAACAUCGGAACUUCGCCAUGGAUCAAGAACAAGCAUCUCGAUUUCAACCUGCUGGACCCGCUGAUGCUGCAGCAACCGUGUGACAGAGAGUACGACUCACUAAGAGAUCCUUACCUCAAAUGUUACUUCGCUAACGCACGGCAUCUCAGACAACUUUACAAACAAGGAUUAAUAACCAGGGAAGGCAAAACAAUAUCGUGUCUUCGCGAGUACAACAUGUACCGAGCCUACAUCCACGCUACAAAUCUUGACAUCAUAAGGACCUUGCAUGUGCAAAAUGAAUGCGAAGACACGAAGAGGUUGGUGAUGACCACCCUGAUGAAGGCUAAAGCACUCCCCAAGGAAGAUUAUGAAAACCAAUGUGGCAACAAUACUUUGUAUAGGAGGUAUUCAGAUGCACUGAGGAUGGAAAUAAAAGAUAUUUGCGAGCGAGCGGAGAACGAAUUUGAAACAACACCAUUCUUUAGGGAAUACUGCGAGGGUGAGAGACAAUCUCUGCUGAAAUUCCGACAAAUGCUCUUGAAUGAUAUUAAAAAGAAGGCACUCAUAAGACUGCAAAAGCUGCAACAGUACGAACAUAACCAAACUAAGUUUUGGAAGCACUGGCAGAAACACACUAAUUCCCAAGUUCAGAACAGAGCCGAUGAAUUGGUUAGGGAGCAUGUAUUGAAAUAUGAGAGGUGUAAGAACAUUAAAGAAUAUAUGGAUCUCUCUCUAUAUAGGCAACGAAAAAUGGGAGAUGUUGUACAGAAAGGCAAAGAGCAGCACGAGAACAAACUGAAGAAAUCGAUGAGAAAGGUGGGGCAGAGAGUUUGCCUAAAGUCUCAGCGCCAGUACCCCCUGUCAGCCACUUGUCCAUACAGUUAA